AUGGUACAGAUGCCGGCACUCCAGUCUUUGCGGCAGUUUCGCUUCUAUAUUUCUCCCUCUCUGACUAUGCUUCCAGCGAAGGAAAAUGUUGGAAAAGUGGAGUGGGGUUAUGGCUCUAAAGUUCCGUACCUCGAGUUAACCAAAGUGUUUUCAAAGAUUGAAGAGGAGAAGAGAAGGUCGAAGAUUAUCGAGGUGCUUGCCGAUUUCUACAGUAAGGUUAUUGAAUAUUCGCCGGAUGACUUGCUGGCCUGUGUCUACUUAUGUGUUAAUCAAUUAGGACCUGCAUAUGAGGGUUCGGAACUUGGUGUUGCAGACCACACAAUUAUUAAGGCAGUUGCUCAAGCCACUGGAAGAACUGUUGAGAAGAUAAAGGAAGAGUUGCAGAGAAAGGGAGAUUUGGGUAUAAUCGCUCAACAAUCCCGUCAGAGUCAAACGUCGCUAUGCAAAGCUUUCGGAUUUACUCCCAAGGCGCACACUGUGCAAUCGGUCUUCAGGGAUGAGCGAUGUUUCCAGUCAGUGAACAAAAAAGUGGAACUAAUCAAAGGCCUCAUAGUGGCAUGCCAAGGAGCAGAGACGAAGUUCCUUGUUCGCUCUCUUGAGGGAAAACUUCGCAUUGGCCUUGCCGAACAAAGUGUUUUAGUCGCUCUCGCAAACGCAUUCACGGCAUGCCACGUUAAGGACAGAGGUCUGGAGCUUACAUCGCCUCUGCUGGAAGAUCUGAAAAAUAAGCACGUGCUUCUGUUGAAGACAACUUAUUGCCAGUGUCCAAACUAUGGUAAAAUAAUUCCUAUCGCCCUUUCUUGUGGUAUAGAGAAAAUCAUUGAGAAGUGCAAAUUGGCGCCAGGUGUUCCACUAAAGCCAAUGCUCGCCCAUCCUACAAAAGGUAUUUCUGAAAUAAUGAAGAGAUUUGGAGAGGCAGAAUUUGCUAGUGAAUAUAAAUAUGACGGGGAGAGAGGACAGAUUCAUAUGGAAGACUCUGGUGUUGUUCAUAUCUACAGUCGUAAUCAAGAGGAUAAUACUUCGAAGUAUCCAGAUAUAAUUGAGAAAAUCCGAGAUUGUAUACUUUCUAAUGUGUCGUCUUUUAUCGUUGACGCCGAAAUUGUAGCCUGGGACCAAGAUGCAAAGUCGAUUUUGCCUUUCCAAAUCUUAACUUCAAGAAAGCGCAAGAACGCCGGUGAUUCUGAAAUUAAAGUACAAGUUUGCGUCUUCUUGUUCGACAUACUAUUCUUAAACAACGAGCCGCUAGUGAAGAAAUCUUUCCGGAGGAGACGUGAAAUCUUGAGGAAAAAUUUCAUUGAGGUGGAGGGGCGAUUUUCCUUCGCAAAAAAUCUCGAUUCUUCUGAUGUAGACGAAAUAAAUGAAUUUCUCGAUGAAGCUAUCAAGGGAAAUUGCGAAGGUCUAAUGGUGAAAACUCUGGAUGAACAUGCCACUUACGAAAUUGCAAAAAGAUCACACAAUUGGUUGAAGUUGAAAAAGGAUUAUCUGGAUGGGGUUGGGGACACCCUAGAUCUUGUAGUCAUCGGAGGCUAUUUUGGCACUGCUCUGCCCAACCUUCUCGAUCUUCUGCGAGAGCUUGCACAGAAUCAAUCCAUUCCUCGCUAUUCCAUAUUCUGCGAAACAUUACGUCUCGCCUGA